AUGGCACGCUCUUCUCUCCGCAAAAAAGUUAUAGCAUUCCGAAACGACCACCGAAGUCAGUGUGAAGAACCAAUGGAAUCAAACACCAUACAUAUGUCUUCUACUGCUCUUAACGGUGAGACAACUGGUUGCACAGAAAAUUAUGUGCUAAUAAUGGGGCCGCGACACUUCCUGAUGCGCAGUCAGACGGUUAGGAUGCCAGGGUCGUCGUGGCAGAGUGAGGGAGAAGUCCUGGACUGGACGGUUCGCUCUGAUCGGACGGGUGGUGGGGUAGAUCGCAGGGGUUGGUGGGUGAUGAGCAGGCACUCUGUACCGUCCUUAACCGUGCGGUACUGUUCUGUGGCAUGGUGUGCUGUGAUGCGCAGUACUGCAUUAUCAUACUGCUCCGCUACAAUGCACAAUGGUUCCGGAAUCGCAGGAGGGCAAGUGUUGGAAAUACUAGCCCUGCUUGUGACUUGCGGUGCGGGCAGUAGCGCGACGACUGUAUCCGCAGCAAAGAAGCGCUGCAUGCAGCAGCAGCACUCGGCGGCAGCAUCCAACAGUGGCUUAUCAGCAGCGGUACCAACAGUUGAACCCACAACAGUAACUGUCGUUGAUCGCCUCAAGCAUCAGCUUCUUCAGGCCUAUGACAAUGGCGACACAGAACAGGCCACGGAUGUGAUCAUCAAAUUGGAGAAGUCCAAUUUGACGAAGGAAUUGCUCGAGGGAGAGGGGCCUCCCUGCACGCCACGCAGCGUCCGACGACUGCCUGCACGUCGAGGCAGUGAGUCGAAGUACUCCUCGGAGAGAUCACCCAUUCUGGCCUCCGAGCAAGUUGCUCAACUGACCCAACCCUUCACCACUGCACUGAGCUGA